AUGGCUAAUAGAAUGAAAAAUCAGGUCUACAUUGCCGAUUGCAUAGACAGGCAAGGAGAUAUUAAAAGAAUGACUGGCGACGAAAGUGGAGCCUUAUCUGAUUUUCGGAUAUCACUGGAUAUGAAGUUAAAAUCACUUGAUGGCGACAAUUUAAGCAUUGGUGAUACCUAUCAUAAAAUAGGACGUGCCUACUUUAGUCAAAAAGAAUAUAACAAGGCGCUUUUAAUGUAUCAAAAAGCACUUGAUAUUCGAAUCAGAAAGCUUGGUGAUGAUGUAAUUGUAGCUCAAUCCUAUCAUAAUAUAGGACUUGCCUAUAGCAACCUAGGCAUGCUUGACGAUGCUAUCAAUAUGAAUAAAAAAUCACUUGAAAUAAAUCUUGCCAAGCUCGAUAAUGAUCAUUAUCACGUUACUACUUCUUACGAUUUCAUGGGAAAUUUAUAUAAGAAGAAAGGGGCGUAUAAAGAAGCUCUUGCAGUGUUUAGAAAAAGUCUUGAAAUUAGAUUGCAACGGCUUGGUAGUAAUGAUGUUAGUGUUGCAUCAUCGUAUCGAAAUAUAGGGCUUCUGCAUCGUAGCGCUAAGCAAAAUAAUCAGGCUAUACGGAUGCUUGAAAAAGCAAUCGAAAUUUUAACUUUUAAUUAUGGAGAAAAUCACCGAAACAUUGCCAAUAUCUAUAAUGAAGUAGCUACAUGCUAUAGUCAUCUGCAUCAGAAAGAUGUAGCCGCGAAUAUAAGACGAAAGGCUGAUAGCAUUCGUAAAAUUUUAAGUCAUUCGCCACAGAAGAACAGUCACCGAGUAUUUCAACCACUUAGCCAUGUUUCCCGACAAUCAGAAGGUACUGGUAUACAAAGCAAAAAUUACUUAAAAGCGUAUAAUAGAGCAAUAAAGCAAGGAAAGCGUCGCAAUAAUUUGAUUCGUGCUAUGUUUGUUGGGCCUCGUAAUGUCGGUAAAUCAUCGAUUAUAAGAGUUUUCACUCAACAAAGGCUAAGCGGUCAUGACUCACCGACACAAGUUGUUGAAUGGUCGGAAAGAAUGAUCAAAAUCAAUGCUUAUGACAUUUAUGAUGGGAAAUUUUGUGCUAUGAGUGAAAUAUUAGAAAAAAACGUGAUCGCGUCUAUAGAAGAAUCGCCUCAAGUUACCAAAGAGCUUGAUGAUAAUCCAAACUUCAAGAAGCAGAUUAUCGAAACUCCCGUAUUAAACAGCAAAGAUGCAAAAGAGGAUAGAAAAUAUGCUAAAAUAUGGGAUUUCGGUGGCCACUCUGUCUAUCACGUUACCCAUCGGCCGUUUAUGUCCGCUAAUAAUAUUUAUAUUCUUGUCUUUAACAUUACCCAAAAUAUUAAUGACCAUGUAAAAACAAGACAUGGUUUACUACUUACUACCAACUAUUUACAAGCCAUGCAAGAAUGGCUUACGUCGAUUAUAAGCGGCCAUAGGGAUCCAAGUGACAUUAGCAUCAAUAUUGACGGUGUACCUGUGAAAUAUUCAUUGCCUAUUGUUAUUCUUGUGGCUUCUCAUGGCGAUAGUCUUGAUGGCAAAGAAGAUGGAAAUCGUCGAUUUAAACAAUUUGAGCAAGAUUUAAUUUCUUAUAUGCCAACUUAUAAGCGUAAUAUCUACUCUUCAGGUAUUAUUUUCAAUUGUAAACCUGAAGAUAAUAACUUAGCUACGAUAUCUCAACGUCGAGAAUGUUGUCGUCGUUUACAUCUCAUUAUUAAAGAAUUUGUUUUAUCCUUGUUUUUUAUUCGUAAUCCAAUUCCUAUCAGGUGGUAUAUUAUGGCUACAAUACUCAAUACAUCUUUUCACAGAUAUGAAAAUCAAGAGUCAUCAUCCGUAAUUGAUCAAAUUAGAGCAGCUCGUGUUCGUGAUAUUAUGACUAUGCAAGAUGUAACAUUAUUAGCUCAAGAUUAUACGUUGUAUGAAAAUCACAAAUAA